UCUUGCGCAUUUUCAAAGCCACGUAUUACAUGUAUAUUUAGGAACACCGGUUUGUUUGUGGCACAUUUUGAGUGGUCAAGUGUAACACAACCACAUCCCAACUCGGUUUCGUUUUGGAGUAUAACUUUUUCGGGUUUAGGCUAUCACAAAACUCCUGUAAUGAUGAUUUUAUUUAAAGUACUCACUAUUUCCAUGUUUUUCCUUCUUGGAUCAGCCAAAGAAGAAGAUGUUCUAGAUCUGGGUGACAGUGAUUUCGCAUCAAGAAUUGCCGAACAUGAGACCGCUCUUGUUAUGUUUUAUGCCCCUUGGUGUGGACACUGCAAAAGAUUGAAACCAGAGUAUGCUAAAGCUGCUGAAGAUUUACUAAGAAAUGAUCCUCCUAUUGCUUUGGUGAAAGUAGACUGUACAGAGGCUGGUAAAGAAACUUGUGAUAAAAACAGUGUAAGUGGUUACCCCACAUUGAAAAUCUUCAGAAAUGGUGAGGUAUCUCAAGACUACAAUGGUCCUAGAGAUGCAUCAGGUAUUGUAAAAUACAUGCAAUCCAAGGUUGGUCCCAGCUCAAGAGAACUGAAAACAUCUGAAUGCUUGAAAAACUUCCUAGAAACCCAAAAAGAAUCAGUAGUCGUGGGUUUCUUCGAAAAAGAAUCAGACCUUAAAGCUGCAUUCCUUAAAACCGCUGAUAAGCUUAGAGAAAAAGUUAAAUUUGCCCACACUUCAUUCAAGGAACUUUUAGAUGCCCAGAAAGUGAAAGAUGGUUUGGUCUUGUUCCGUCCAGUUCAUCUGCAAAACAAAUUCGAAGAUAGCAAAGUUCAAUACAGUGGAUCUGCUGAUGCAGGAAGCAUCCAAACAUUUAUCACCAAAAACUUACAUGGCCUAGUAGGACACCGCAAACCUGAUAACAAACAAGAAUUCGAAAACCCCUUGUUCGUUGCUUACUUCUCUGUUGAUUACGCCAAAAAUCCCAAAGGUACCAACUACUGGCGUAACAGAAUAUUGAAGGUUGCCAAAGAAUUCCAAGAAAGGGCUAACUUUGCUAUCAGCUCAAACGAUGAAUUCCAACAUGAAUUAAAUGAAUUUGGAUUGGACUAUGUGAAAGGAGACAAACCAGUUGUUGGUGCUAGAGAUGCUAAAAACCAAAAAUUCGUCCUCAAAGAAUUCUCCCUCGAAGCCUUCGAAGUGUUCGUAAGCGAUGUUCUAGAUGGUGCUCUCGAGCCAUACCUUAAAUCUGAGCCAAUUCCAGAAGACGCAGACGCACCAUUGAAAACUUUAGUUGCCAAGAACUUCGAUCAAGUGAUUGAUAACUCAAAAGAUGCUUUGAUUGAAUUCUAUGCUCCUUGGUGUGGACACUGUAAAAAACUUGCACCCAUUUAUGAAGAGCUAGCCGAAAAGCUCAAAGACGAAGAUGUAGUCAUCGCUAAGAUGGAUGCUACAGCCAAUGAUGUUCCAUCAAACUUCGAAGUACGAGGUUUCCCAACAAUCUUCUGGGUUCCCAAAAAUUCCAAAGACUCUCCUGUCACCUACGAGGGUGGUCGAGAUGUAGACGACUUCGUUAAAUAUGUAGCCAAACACGCUACCAACGAACUUAAGGGUUACGAUAGGAGUGGAUCUCCUAAGGAAGGCAAGACUGAGUUGUAAUGUGUUGUAAUAAAUUUAAAAUAUGUGAUUUUUAAAAAUAAUUUUUGAGAUGUUCUCAUACUUUUUAAACGAAUUCCAUGUAGUGAUUAAUUUUCUAAUAAAGUGGUUUUCUCUA